AAUAAACAGAUACAGAAAUACAUAGUUUCCGCAGUACUUUUGGACACCAGCUUUGUCAUAGGCUGCGCGGGCAGAUGUUUGUAGGAGUCCUUGGUUAAAAUAUUGGCGGCGUACUGCAACUGAGCCAUGAGAGAUUUCCAAAAUAAAUGUAAAACAAGCACGUGAGCCUUGUGUGGAAACCACUUCCAGGGUAAGAGCCGAAGGUCAGAUGCAGAAUUAGGAUUCAACAGUUGAUCCGACUGUUGAAAGUCAGCGUCGUUUAUAUGAUGCCGGCUGCCUAGAAGACCAAUUCUGCCGGCUAUAGCCUUACAGAUAAAAAGGAGAGACAAUGAGAGCCUUUUUAAAAAGUCCAGAUGGUGUUUUUAUGCUGAAAUCAAAAGGAACGACUAUAGGAAGACAUGAAAAUUCAGACAUUGUUUUGAAGUUUUGGUUUCAGUCUGCAGGUGUGGAAGAGCGCCACGCAGCCAUUGAAUUCAGUGAUUCAGAAAACAGUUUUGUUCUUCGAGAUUUCAACUCUCUUCACGGUACAUUUGUUAACGAUUGCCAAAUACAGAAUGCAGCAGUGCGAGUGGGUCCAGGAGAUAUUCUGCGCUUCGGUUCAGGAGGGACGUCCUAUGAGCUAGCGAUAGAAAACGCUCCCCAGAUGUCCUAUCCAUCACUGAAACGUCGUACAGCAUGGUCCGGGCAACUACAGUUCGUUGCGGAGACAAAACUUUAUACCCCUUCAACCAGUCCUUCUCAGCUUCCUUCCCUCCAGUCUCAGCAAUCAGCUGGUGUUCACAACACUUGUGUGCACGGAGCAAAUGGCACUGCACCCUGUCCGCCUGUCAGAAAACGGCCUGUAAGUGCUCGGGGCAGAAUGAUCACAUCUUCUUGCUCUCCAGAUGCAUUCAAUAGGCCUCCGGCAGCCAGACAAGUUUUGACAAGCAUACCAGGAAACAGUCACGCUGGAGCAAGCGGAGUUCCAUUCUCAAGAAUUAAUACCGUGGGUUUACUUCUUCAGGAAAAGGAUGAAGCAAUUCUAAAACUGGAAAAUGAAAUCAGUCGUCUUGUGGGUCUUGAAAGCGAGUCCAAACAUAAAGAUACAGUGAUAGCAAAUCUUCAGGAUGAAAUUGCAGUGAUGACAAAGAAGAUGGCUCAGGAGGCUGCUAGGAAUGAUGUUGAGUUUACUCAGAAACUACUCAGCUUUGAGCAAGAUAUUGGAGCAAAAACAGAAGAGAUUAAAGCCUUGAAAGAGCAGAUAAGCAAUCUUCAGAAAGGCUCCAGCCAAGUCUUGUGCCAUUCUCUCUUGGAAAAAGAUCGAGAAAUUGCGAACUUGAAAAAAGAGGGUGAGAAAUUAAGGAAGGACCAAACUCUGACCACAGGCCUGGUGACUAGUUUGCAAAAAGACAUUUCUGUAAAGCAGCAGAAAAUACUGCAACUGAGACUGGAUGCAGAUAAAUUAAAGAAGGAAAACAGGGAGAAGGAUAAUCAGCUUGCACUUGUUUCUGCCAAGUGUUCUAGGAUUAAAGAGGAAAUGAAGCGUGAAUUCGGAGAGAGGGAAGUUAUUACGUACCAAAAUCGCAUUGGAGAGCUUGAGUUUCAAGCGAAGGGGCUUCAGGGAGAAAUACAGAAGCGCUGCACUGAAGAGGAAGUCUUAAAAAAUAGGCUUGCAGAAAAAGCAAAGGCUGAAGAGGAGCUGAAGGAAGAGUGUGAAAGGAAAUCUCUCCAAUUAAAAGAGAUGGGUCGCAGAGAGCGCCUAGUUAAAGGUGAUUUGGAGCAAGCGAAAGCUCAGCUGAAGUCUUUCAGAAGCCAAAUGAUUGGAACCGUGUACUCGGCAGAAGACAUUGCAGAGAAGACGGUGACAGAUCAACAGUUACUCGAGAAGAUAAAGCAGAUUUUUGAGGAGGUUCAUGUAAAGGAGAAAGUAUUAGACGAGGAAAUACGCUCCAAGGACGCUCAACACGCAAGCGCUGAGGUGUUAAAGAAAUCUUUGGAAGAAAUCCAGGCUUUUUUAAAAACCUCCUACUGCAGCCAUAGCUUGAAAUCAGAGAUUUGUAAACUUCAAGAGCUGAGCAUCGACACUUCUGUCUUGUGGGUCCACACACCAGUAAUUGCAAUUCUGAACAGUUUACUCUCGUGGGUAGAAGGCAUUGAACUGCUCCUGCAGGAUGUGGGGAUUGAUGCAUCCCACUCUGACAAAGGGUUGGCUUCAUACAUUAAGUGUCUGCAGGAGAAUCAUCAUCAAACCGUGGGCAGAAUUCAAACACUUCAGGCCCAAUUAGACGAGUUGCAGGAAUCUCAGACUUCCCUGCUACAGAAAAAGCUGAAUGAACAAAAACUGGAAUACGAGAGAGAGUUGCAAAACAAGAUCGGGCUUAUUGUCCUGGAGAAGGAGGAGGAGAACAAAAAGAUUCUAGAAAAUGCUGUCGUUGCAGAGAAGGAUAAAUUAAAGGAAUUUUUGGAGAGAGAAAAGCAGAAGGUUCAAGAUUUGGAAAGUCAGUUGAGACAUUUGACCGAGGUAAUUGAACUUAAAUCAAAAGAAGAUGACAUUGUAAAUUCGAAACUAAGAGAAACUGUGGACAGCUUAGAAGAGGCUGGAAAAAGAGAGGCCAUGUUGAAGGAGCAGUUACAGGUGCGAGAGAAUCAUCUAAAAAUCAUUCGGGAUGAGAAUGAGAUACUGAAGCAGAAACUUCAGGAAGAGAUAGUGGAAUAUAAAGAACAAAUCAAACAACAUUCGCAGACAAUAGUUGCUCUAGAAGACAGGCUGCUGGAGGCUACGCUGCAUCAGAAGAAUAUUGAGGGGCAAAAUUUAGCUCUACAGGAAAAAAUUAAAGCACUUCAAAAAGAUCCUCCCACAUCCUCAUCAUCCAUUUCACAAGACAUUUCGGACAGUGAAGAAUUCCAUAGUCUUCUUCUAGAAGAAUUAGCGGCUACUCGGAAGGAAAUCCUGUCCAAACAGGCUAUCAUUUUGGGAUUAAAGAAAGACCUCUCAGAAGCCAAAGCUAGGAUGUCGGAUAUGAUAGGAGAGCUCAGUGAGAAACAAAAGAUGGAGCUGGAGAGAAAUCUAAACCUUGUUAAAUGCCAAGAGAGUGAGCUGAACAUGCUUAGACAAAAGCUAUUUGCAAUGUCAAACCUUGUGGACAAGAAGGAUAAGGACCUGAAAACAGCAGCUGAAGAAUUAAGGCGUGCCAAAGAGAACCUGAAAAUCCUGAACGCAACCAAAAAAAAGGAGGUCAAGUUUGAGAAAUUGCCUCAAAAGAGUGUGCAGACCAAUACCGCUACAGUAAAUGAUGUCCCUGAAACCAAGAAGGAGCCAGUUUUGGACUUGGCAGACCUAGGAGCCAAAUGUAAAGGCCUCAGACAUGAAGAAGUAAUUCGGCGUCAAAAAGAUGCAUUGAUUGAACUGCGAGAUAGGAUAAAGACACUAGAAAAGACUCAUUCUGCAAAGAAAGUUCCCGAGGCACUUAUCGUACUAAAGAAAGAUCUAUCCGAGCAAGUAACUCAGAAAAUAGGCUUAGAAAAGGAACAUAUGCCUACAAAAAAGGAAGCCAGCAAGCCAUCACGCUAUUCUCCCAGUGUCUAUUCAAAUAUAGCCAUGGGAAGGACAGCAAAGCUGGAAAUGUCUGAUGCUUUUGACAGUGAGAAGAUGUACCUCGACUUAAUUCAUGCUCUUGGAAGUCUGAUGAAUAUGAAGGAGCUGACAGGGGUGCAGCCUGUUAAACAUCUCUCUCAAGAUGAGAGGGAAAAAGUGGGACUGCAGCGCCAGAAGGACCUUGAAUUGUUAUAUGAUAAGAUCAGUAAACUCAAAAGCCAGCUAGAAAGGAAAGAACUGCUGCUAAAAGAGUACGAGUCAGACAUUGAACAGCUCAGGGUGAAUAAGGAGUCUCUGCGGGUGUGCCAGAAAGAGAUGACUAAAUUGGAAGAUGAAGUCUACAGAGAAGCAGAGGAGAAUGCUCUGCUUAAAGAAGCUCUAGGGAGGACACAACUCCAGCUCAAUCAGGAGAAAAGAUUGAACCGGGCUAUUAAACUGCAUAAGCCUGGAGCCAAAAAGAUGUCUUUUUCUGAAAAGCUGAAGGCAACAAACCACGUGAUAGAAACCUUUAAGAGGAGAGCACCUUGUGAUGACACCUCCUAGAUAUUUUGCUGGCAAAAUCCUACGGUAGGAAUUUGCCAACAAACUGCUUGACGUAGAUACAGCAUUAAUUAUGACACUUUGGCCUUUCUGUAAAUAAAUUAAUGAUACAUUUCAGAAUUUAA